GUCACUCUGGUUGUCAGUGUCCAAAAGCAAAAAGUGUGUGUGCGUGGUUGUACAAUUAUCAAAAUGUCUGACAUGAAUUUGAACGACGACUUGCUAAAUUACGAAUUGGGUGAUGAUAUUGAUGAUCAAGCUUUUUAUGGAGCUGAUGAAGAUGAAUUACUUUUGUCAGACGAUGAAUUGGAAAAAGAUGUAACCAAAGAGGUAAAACAGCAAAUAAAAGCCGAGGCAGAACAGUGGGUUAAUGAACGCAUACAAGAAAAAGAAGUGAGACAAAUUGGUUCUAACCAAGUCAACGCACAACAAACGAUAUCUUGUGUUGGCGGCAGUAAUGUUAACAAAAAAACCCACAAAUUAGCAUCUGCAGAUGCAACCGAGGUUACUUCUACAGCAGCGCCAAUUUCGUAUCCGAAUUCAUUAAAACAAGGUGAUGUAAUCGAUGAUGUCUCUACCAGCGGAAGCUCUGCUAUACGAGUUGCUGAAUUCAAAGAACCUACCCAAUCACAGGUUCCCAGAGAUUCAUUACAAGCGGUAAAUCCUUUUUCAACGCAGGCUCAGUCGCAAACCAUAACAAAUAAUGAUGAAGUAACCUCAAGCAGUAGCAAAGAAGCUGAAGUGGAUCACUCAUCAGUUAUAAGUUGCAGCACUGGUAAUAUGACAGACUCUUCUUUUCUGCAGAGUUCACAAGAGAGCGUUAGUGUUGCUCACCUAAGCGCCAGUGACUUUUCUGAUCCCAGAGAGGAUAUCGAGGAUGAACGUGAAGCACGUACGAAUAUAAAAACAACUAAUGAAAGAGAUUUCGAUGCAGUUAUUAAUGAAACAGCAGAGAAACAUCAUUCUCGUUUUCUUCAUAGUAAACGCGGUGGAAAUCCACUUCUGCGACCCCAUUCACUACGUGGAUCGUACCAUGGUCAAAGACCGCUUCUCCGUUAUCCUCCAUCUCACGGUAAUUUCCUAUUGACGACGCACGGGUUUCCCGCAGCGAGAACCAGUGUCAUAUCUACAACACUAACCCAUACAACAUCCGCCAUCAUUCCAGGUCAAUUCCCGUUACAACAACAACCCUUACCAUAUGCACCACAUAACACUACACAUGGCCCACCUGCAAAUUCCUCAACCAUGGGACCACAGUCACAAAACCCUAAUGCCCCACUUCCACUUCAUCAACACGAUCCCAUGAACCCACCCAUUUCUCAUCGUCCUCGGCAUCCAUAUACCGGUUUUCGUAUUGGUGGACCAAUGAGUUUCCGACAUCCGAAUCAAGGAAGUAUGUAUCCCCAGGUCCAACAUGAUUACAAUACAGGCAAUGGAGUGCCCUUCAAUCAAAAUUUCGGGCAUAUGUCGCAUCCACCACGAGCAAUUUUUCGUCCUGAACUCAGUGGCGGACCAAUGGCAGGUGGAAAUAAUUCAGGCCUAGUCCCAAGUGGCGGACCUAUGGCAUUACGCCCUAAUAUGCGUUUGCCACGGCCACCAUUGUCAAAUUUACCCCCGCAAAGCUUAGCACCGAAUUUCUUGAAUAACUCGGCGCACAGACCGCCGCAACCACAAUCUCUGCAGCCUCCACAGGCUCCACUACAAUUGCCACAAGGCGGUGUUCAUCCAAACACGGGUGCGCUGCCAUCGCAAUUGGCGGGAGGGAACGGCAGUGGCUCUAUACCAUCCGCCACAUUGCGCCCAAGUAAAGUUCUUAUCAACCCAAAUUUCAAAGGUGGUGUCCAAGCAGCUACAAAUAAGUUUAUAAAAGAGACACAGUUUAUGUCAACAAUUAGCAGCCAUGUUUCACACUUGCAGAGUGACGAUGAGCUUCUUCGUCAACAAGAAGAGUUUAUUAAUAAAAAUCGAGAGCAUAUUGAAAAACGUCGACAUGAACGUUCACCUCUUACCUUGAGACGUAGUCGCAGCCGCAGUCGAUCGCGAACGCAUUCACGAGAGAGAAGUUUUACGCCACCAAAUAAACGGGGUGGCGUUGGUACCGGCGGGUCCGGUUUGCACUUCGACCGAGAUCGAGAACGUGAUCGCGACCGUGAACGAGAUCGCGAUCGUGACCGAGAACGGGAUCGAUUAGAACGGGAAAGAGAUCGUGAUCGGGAGAGGGAACGAGAGCGUAUACCAAUUGAUCGAGAACGUACUGGAGGAGGAAGCGGAAAUAGUAACCUAGGACAACGGGGAAAUCGCUUCCGUCGUGGAGAUAGCCGAGAUCGCAACUAUGAUAAAAGAAGUGGAAGUUACGGCAAACGUAGGCGUAGUUUAUCUCCAUUACCUCGUGCUGGAGGAAGCUUUCGUCGUGGUGGUGAACGUGAUCGUUUAGACGCUGAAGAAGAUGAAGAAACGCGUGCUUAUCGAUUAGAAAUUGAGAAACAAAAGGCGUUACGUGAAAAGAUUCUCAAGGAUAAAGAAUUAAAGCGAAGGCGUGCAGCAGAGGAAAAGCAAUACGAGGAUCAUCGUGCUACGCAGCCCAAUAGUGCCAGUAGCAGUAAUACUUCCAACACUGCCAGUGAAGAUCAGACCCAGAAACUUAAACCGAUUGUGGUAACCGAACGUAAAAUGAUAUCUUUGAAGAAGCGUCAACAACAGUCUCAAUAUUCUGAUGAUGAUUUACCACGUCAAAAGCAGCCGCAACACCAAACGCAUCAAACCCAAUCGCAGCGGAAACAAAUUCCAACAGCUAAAAUAUUGCCAGAGGCCAAACGCAACAUAAGCGAUCAUAUAACGAAUGUAACGAGCAGCGGUGGAGGCGGGGCUAGUGGUGGUAUCAGCAGUGGUGGUGGGGGCAGCGGUAGCAGUAACACUGCCAUCAUAAAACCAGUUCCAAAGAGAGGUACUCUCACACCGACGCCACCGCCUGCAGCUCUCUUGAAACAACCUCGACGUCUGUCCACGCCUAGUGAUGAUGAAGUCGAACUUGAUUACGACGAAGAUGAGCUAAUGCUUGAAAUGGAGGAUCGGCUGUUGGCUACACCAACGCCAUCCCCACCACGAGCGGCAAUAUCUCGUACUCCAACUCCUGAACCAAUAGCACCGCCAACAUCUAGCAAGACAAAUUUAAAAUCAAGCCGCAGCAAUAGCCAUGCAACGUCACAAAGAUCAUCAACAUCAGCACCUUUUAGCUCCAGUAAUCGGCGAGUUGUACUAAAGUCGUCGUCAUCGUCAACUACUUCAGGAGGCGGUGCCCGCAAGGAUAGCGAACUACACUCUUCCGAUGGUAGUCGCAAUCGUCGCACAGGAGCCGGGUCAUCUCGCAGCAGCGGCGGUAGUAAUUCACGGAAGGGUAUAUUUGAUCGCUUGGACGCCAGACGGCAAAUGUAUGAAAGCGGAGGGAGCAGCAGAGACGGUGGAGGCAGCGAUGGAAAACGCAGCAAGGGCCAACGCAUCGUAUUAAAAAAUGACUAAGGACUUAGGAUUUUAAGGAAAGAGAUGGUAAACUAGCAUCAGUUUGUUAAUUUAAUGCCUUUUCAAGUUUUUUAUAAUCUUAAAUGUGUAGCAAUAAUUGAAACUACACAAGUACUUCUUAGGAAUAUCGUUACGAUGCAUAUGUCUAAAUCAAAAACAGAUUCUUACUGCAUUGUUGAACAAAGCGCGUGCAGUGGUCAAUGAAAAAGUAAUUGAAAUACAAGACAUAUACGGAAGUUGACCUACAUACAUAUAUUUAAA